AUGUGGUUUGAGGAACGAAGUUGGUCGAAUUUUAAAAUGCCAACGUUAUUAUCCGAGGAAUGGCGUGAUUUAUGGUCGAUUAAAGUGGAUAUGAUUGUUGCGUCGCUUUCGUAUGUAUUCGCUACGACAAAUUUUUUGAAUUUAACAAGGUUGAUACUUGAAAAUGGCGGAUUAGCUUUUAUUGUUGCCUAUUGUACAUCGAUAUUUCUAUGCAUUCUUCCAAUUCUCAUUCUUGAAUUCGCUGUCGGACAACUUACUGGAAAAGCUCCCAUUCAAGCUAUUUAUAAUAUGUGUCCAAUAUUUAGAGGUGUUGGAAUAUCACAAAUAAUAUUUUCAUUACUUAUGUUGUCUCAUAUGGCGCGUUAUCUUGGAUGGCUUAUGCUUUAUUUAUUCCAUUUGUUUUGGACUAUACUAGUUGAUCGACCUGGUCUACCAUGGUUGAACUGCAAAGGUUAUCCAGAAUUGCACACAGUACCAUGCAGGGAAGCGGGGACAUUAUCAAAUUUUACACAUAUCUCCACAACAAAACUUAACACAAUUAGUGCUCAAUCAUCGCUUAUUCAGUUUAUGACAAUUCUAGAACGGCCUUCUGAUAAUAUCUCGGAAAUCGGGCAUUUUCAACUUUACAUACUAUCGUCUAUGGCUGUUGUUUGGAUUAUUGUUUUUAUAUCUAUUUGUUUUGGAAUACGUUGGCUUGGGAAGAUCGUUCAUUUUACUUUUAUAAUGCCGGUUGUAUUACUUUCAUUACUUAUGGUUCGAGCACUCACUCUUCGUGGUCUUAUCGAAGUUCUUAAAAAAUUCUAUUUAGCAACGAAUUGGAAUAGAAUGGCAGAUUAUAUGCUAUGGAAGACGGCAAGUGAACAAGCAAUUUUAGCUAGUGGUGUUGGAUUUGGUGUAUUUAUUACUAUUGCAUCUUAUAAUAAACGUUCCAAUAAUCUUGUCGGAGAUUGUCUUUUAAUAACAUUUGGACAUUUGAUAUUGACAUUUAUGCAAGUGAUGACUAUCAUUGGUCUUGUUGGACAUAUCAGUGCUCGUACUGGUCUUCAUCCCAUCCAUCUUCUUGACAGAGGAGAAACGCAAAUGUGGCAUAUAUUAGCAUAUAUGUCUUAUUUAUCUGAUACGAGAAUAUGGACAUCUAUUGUUCUCUUCAUGUCGAUUUUUGUACUUCUUAAUAUCUUCUAUUUAUUAUCAUUAAAUAUAUUGGCUAGUUUCGAAGAUGCGUGCGGUGAACGAUGGUCGAAAUGCUUUCCUCGUUUUUUUCUCUCCUUCAUCGUUUGUAGCUUGGGUUUUGCUUGUGGUUUAUAUUUUGCGACUCAGGGAGGUUUUUAUGCCUAUGAACUUGCUGGUGGCUUUUGGAAAUAUGUCACAUUAUGGACGAUAUUGUUUUUUGAACUUCUUGCCGUCGGGUGGUUCUAUUGUGCGCAUAGACUUGGCAAAGAUCUACACAUAAUGCUAUCCAAUGCAUGUUCAUGGUGUUUCGGUCAUUUCCUUUUAUUUUUCAUAUAUUUACUUCCGGCCGUCCCUGCGUUUAUUGCUGCUGUAAAUUUGCUGAACUACGAUUAUUCUUUAUAUACGUCUGGUGUGCAUGAAUGGAAAUAUUCGGAAAUGGUUGGCUGGAUUAUCGCUUUAAUACCACUUUUGCCUAUUCCACUUUUUAUGCAAUAUACAAUAUGUAAAACGUGUUUAAAAGGACCUGGUGUUACGAAGUGGCAGAGAUUUAAAAAUGCAUUAGCAUCACCAGUACAUUAUGAUGUGGUUAAAACUUCAUCGCCAAUCAAGACUCCAAGGUUUACAAAUAAUGCACCUGGAUAUAUUCUCUUGCCUCAGGCUCCUUUGGCCGAGCCUGAAAUAUAUAAUGAAGUAUGA